AUGGACGGACUACACCUGCCACCGGUCAUCGAGGAGGUCAUGGACCCUGCAGAUGACAUAUGUGACCUGAAGGUGGAGAGGCCUGGCAUUGUGGACAUGCUGACGGCCAAAGAGAGGGAGACCCUGGAGGAGAACGAUGAGAAGGAGGAGAAAGAGAAGGAGGUAGAGGUGGGGAAUGGAGAGAAGGGCCAGCAGGAGGACCAGGGAGAGGAGAAGGAGGUGAAAGUGGAGGAGGAGGAGGUGGAAGGAGUAAUGUUAGAGGAGGACGACUUGGAGGAGUUGAAGUCCCAGGUGUUGCAGCUGGUGUUGGAGCUGGAGGAGGCCAGGGAGGUGUCUCAACAACAUGAAGAGAGCUUCAUGGAGAUCCAGGGUCUGUUGGAAGAUGAGCGUCUGGCUAGUGCUCACCAGGCAGAGAGCUUUACCAGACAGAUCCAGAGACUGCAAGCUCAGCUGCGUUCAGUCCAGGAGGAGAUGGACUCUCUGGAGGAGGAGAAGGAGAGUGAGCUGGGGGAGGUGCAGGAGGAGCUGAGGUCUGCCCAGGAGGAGGUGCUGGUUCUGCAGCAGGCGGGGGAGGAGGCAGCAGCGGAGAGGGAGAACGACAUCGCCUCCCUGCAGGAGGAGCUGUGUCGUCUGAGGGCCGAGCUGCAGCGUCUCCGUACCACGGCCCAAGAGUACGAGCUGGAGAUCACCACCCUGCGGGCUGAAAUCAGUAUGAAGAGCAUGAGGAGGGAGGGAGAGACUGACGGUGAGGUAAGCCAGCUGGCGGCGGAGUGUCAUGCGAUUUCAGACGAGUGUCAGACCCUGAAGGACGAAAACAAACAGCUGAGCCACGAACUGCAGCAGCUACAGCAGCAGCGAGCCGGCUCCAAUGAUUUCUAUCUGGCCUUGAGAGGGGAGGGGGACGAAGACCAGAAGGAUGAGGGUGUUGGGCAGGAUGAGGAAUCAGUGAAAGCUGGAGGCUACAUGACCCUGUCCCAGACCCAGGGUGGGCAGACCCAGGGUGGGCAGACCCAGACUGGUCAAGGUGGGCGCUUGGUGGAUGCCUCCAUCCAGAAGAAUAUCUCGUUUGAUGGCAAGCCCAUCACCAAUUGGAACGGGGGACCCUCUGAAGUCUUCUCCCUACGAGACCAGCUCAAACUGACUGAGGAGAGGUCCUCGCAAGUACAGAGACAAUGUGAAGGGUUGAAGGGGAGCUUGCGGAACUUCAGGGGCUGUUUGACUGCAGCCAGAAGGAGAGGGCGGAGCUGGAGCAGGAACUGCAUCACUGCAGGGUGGAGCUAGAGAGUGGGCGGCAGGAAGUCACAGAACUGCACUCCUCCGUCUGAGCCCCCUGUUCUCUCCAUCUCCUUCAUAGGAAUGAUUGUAAUAAUGGCCCUGAUAUGGUGCUGGUGGGAGGAGCUGGCAUCCUAGAGGGGACCAGGAGAGCGAGGGAGGCUGGAACCUGGUGGCGGUGGUUGCCUUGGCAGCGCUUGUAGUCCUGAUAGUCCCCAGCCUUUCCAGAGCGUUUACCUGAGGACUACACAGAACGGAAGUCACUGUACAGGAAAUGACUGUGCUGGUUUCCCCUGGCAACAUGGGCAAUGCCAUGCCCCUAUCUCAUGAUGCCCUUGUCAAGUCUCCUCCUCGCUUCAUCUUCCAAGGAGGACUGCAUUGACAACUGACAUUUUCACCAGGAAAUACAACACAACAAGGAAGUAGUCUCAAGGAGAAAUACAUAUACCUGUUUAAGCCACUCUAAAGAUAAGGAUGGCAAUAUCUUGUUUCUCUCUUUAAAGUCCUUCAGUUUGACUCAAUCGGUUUCCCUAUAACAGGGACUGCCUCCGGGUUUGUGGCAGUACGGUGUCUGCAUGGGCAUCAAUGGAAAUACACAAUUUAGCACAGAACAUGUCUGCGCAUUUCUUGAUUGAUCGGUUGAUGAUUUAUUAUUUGAUUGGUUGAUGGUUGAUUGGUUUAUUGACAACCUGUAAAGGUUGAAUUGGGAAAAGCUCAUGCACAUAUUGAGUCACUGAUGAGAUUUUUCUCUUUCCAAUGGGCAUGUGAUCUUUCCCCAGAACCUACCCCUCCUUUUGAAUCACUUUGAACAUUGCCACUGCAAUAGUCUCUGCUAUACCUGCAACAAUUUUCCUUCUGUUUAUGUUGUGUUAUGCUCUUUUUAUGUUUAAAUGAAGAUGUGUGGAGGAGGGUUUGAUUAUAUGAGUUUGUUGUAUUGGAGGUUUGUCUCCUCUGUAAAUGGUUCUUUCUCUCUCUCGUCUGCGUCUGUAUGUCUCUCUCUCUCUCUCUCUCUCUCUCUCU